GUUCUAGAUUAUUUCUUCUCUUCCACAACAAGAAGCAGAAGAACACAGGGGAGCUAAGCCUCUGCAACCUGUCGUUUCCAUGGCUCCCUCCUCUCUCUCUUCCCUUUAUCUCUCUCACCACCACCAGGCCAACCCUUUCCCUUCCCUGACCCCCAAACCCACCUUCCCUCGCCUCCCUCUUCGUCCCCAGAACCUUGCCUUCUCUUCUAAACCCUCCGCUCAGACCCGGAACCAGGACCAGAGCCAAAACCAAGACCAGACCCUGAAGCUCAAUUCUUCUCAGCCGGACAAGAAAUCGUUCGCCAUCGCCACUGCCGAGCGCUUCCUCGGCUUCGCUUUGCAGCUGAUCAAGGGCCGCAACAACAGGAAGGCGGUGAGUGCUGGGUCAGAGACCAGCUUCCUCAGGGAUGGUACGAAUGGAGCCAGCAUCAAUGGCAGCGGGACGGGCGCGAGAUGUGACAGUAAGGAGAGGAUCGGCAUCGUGAUCGAGGACGAGAUAGAGCCUGAUGUGAUAGGGGAGCAGAGGAUAAAGGAUGUGGAGGCAGAGCAGAAGAGGAGAGUGGUGACUAGUCCUGGGUUCAGCUUCUCGGCCGCCGGGCUCUUGUUCCCUUACCAUCUUGGGGUCGCACAAUGCCUCAUCGACAAGGGCUAUAUCAAGGAAACCACGCCACUGGCUGGUUCGUCAUCUGGCGCCAUAGUAUGUGCAGUGAUUGCUUCUGGAGCCAGCAUGGAAGAGGCUUUGAUGGCUACUAAGGUACUCGCCGAUGAUUGUCGGAGAAGAGGAACUGCUUUUCGGCUCGGGGCUGUUCUUCGUGAUGUGCUUGAUAAGUUCCUUCCCGAAGAUGCUCAUACCAGGUCCAAUGGAAGGGUCCGCAUUGCCGUUACCCAGAUCCUUCGGAGGCCUAGGGGUUUACUGGUGGAUCAGUUAGACUCCAAAGAAGAUCUUAUCAAUGCAUUAGUAGCUUCUUCCUUCAUCCCGGGAUAUACGGCGCCACAACCAGCCACAUUAUUUCGUAAUCGACUGUGCAUUGAUGGGGCUCUGACGAUGUUCAUGCCACCUACAUCUGCUGCUCAAACCGUCCGUGUGUGUGCCUUUUCAGCCACUCAACUCCGGUUGCAAGGGAUUGGGAUCAGCCCAGAUUGCAAUCCAGAAAAUAGGGGGAGUUCCAGAGAGGUUUUCAACUGGGCGCUCAAACCUGCAGAAGAUGAUAUCCUUGACAGGCUGUUUGAGCUCGGGUACCUUGAUGCUGCAGUCUGGGCUGAGGAGAACCCAGUUGCGGAAGUAGUUGAAGAUGAUUCUCCUUUUGUUAAAAAUGAUUCUGUGUAGCACAGCUGAUGGUAAGGUGCUUGGACUAAGAUCCCGAGUGAAGAUGCUAAGAAACGUGCAUCCAGUUGCGUCAUGCUCGACUGAAAGACAAGAUCAAUCUUCUUUCUUGUAGAGUAACACCGGAUGCGAAUUGAGAGGAUAAAGUAGCAGAGUACACAAGGUUUCAUUUUUGUCAAAAUAGUACAUGAGGUUUGCACAGUAGUUGUAACAUGAACUUAUCUACAUCUUAUAUGUAGAAGCUAGUGAAAGGGAUAUUAAGAACACAAAAGAAUAUCAGAUAAUGUAGGUUUGUUUUUCAGGGAAAGCUCAAUUUUUUGAGUAAGAAUUUAACUA